CUGAGCGCUCAAAGCAUCACCUGAACCCUCAUUCAAUAGCUUGGAAGAGGGGAAGCGCUACUUCUGUCCCCUCCCAUAAUCCUUCGGCAAAUUUCUUCGAUGGCUAGGGUUUCGAUCUCUCCCCUGUCGUUCUCAGCCCUCGGAGAUCGCCGACCACUUACGGGGGUCCCGAUGGUUAAGUUUCCGGCGAGAUCAUCCUGCGGCGCUCCGGCAAGCUCCGGCCGACUGCAGCAUGGCAGAAUAUCAGUUUUCACCAGAUCUGUUGGAAUCUUUUUCAGUAUUUCAUUAGGCAGAACAGGUGUAAAACGUUUUGUUGCCCGAACAUCAGGAGGUGAAACAAAAGUUCCAUCGUAUACCUGGCCAGAUAAGCAGAAACCACGUGUAUGUAUAUUAGGAGGUGGAUUUGGAGGCCUGUAUACUGCUCUCAGACUUGCUUCUCUUGUAUGGCCUGAUGAUAAAAAGCCUCAGGUAGUGCUAGUAGACCAGUCUGAUCGAUUUGUUUUUAAGCCGCUGCUUUAUGAGCUUCUUUCAGGAGAAGUAGAUGCCUGGGAAAUAGCACCCUUAUUCACAGAUUUGCUGAACAACACGAGUGUGGAAUUUGUCAAAGAUAGAGUAAAGCUCUUACGACCUUCCGAUUAUGUGAAUCACUCACAAAUGAGGGAACCUGGAAAACAAUUUUUUGGUGGCACUGUUCACCUUGAAAGUGGCACAAUCAUAGAAUAUGACUGGUUGGUUUUAGCUUUGGGAGCUGAAGCUAAAGUUGACAGUGUACCGGGUUCUGCUGAAUAUUCCAUUCCAUUUACAACCUUGGAAGAUGCACGUAAAGUUGACGACAAGCUACGCAUGUUGGAACGAGAACGCUUUGAUGACGAUUCAUCUCCUAUAUGUGUAGCCAUUGUGGGGUGUGGUUACUCUGGAGUUGAGUUAGCUGCUACUAUAUCCGAUAGACUACAAAAUAAAGGGAUAGUUCAAGCAAUAAAUGUUGGAACUACUAUAUGUCCAAGUGCUCCCCCUGGAAACAGAGAAGCUGCCUUAAAAGUACUUCAAUCUCGCGACAUUCAGCUCUACUUAGGUUAUUAUGUAAGCUGUAUAAAAGAAGCAUCAGUUUCUGAAAAUUCAAAUACACUAACGAGUAACGGAGAAGGAAUGGGUUCUAAUAAGGAAACAACUCAUAGUAAAUUCAUCUUGGAUCUUCAACCUGCUGAGAGAGGUCUAGAGAGUAAAAUGGUGGAAGCAGAUUUAGUGUUAUGGACUGUAGGAUCUAAGCCAUUAGUUCCUGAGCUUGAGCCUUUUGACUGGCCUCGUGGUAUACAAUUAAAUGUUCGGGGGCAAGCAGAGACAGAUGAAACCCUUCGUGUAAAAGGACAUCCUCGUAUAUUUGCAAUUGGCGACUCGGCAGCUAUAAGAGACUCAUCUGGAAGGCUUCUACCUGCAACAGCACAAGUUGCUUUUCAGCAAGCAGAUUUUGCUGGUUGGAAUCUUUGGGCAGCAAUUAAUGACCGACCUCUACUACCAUUCAGGUUUCAAAAUCUUGGAGAGAUGAUGACCCUUGGGAGGAACGACGCAGCAAUCACCCCAAGCUUCAUCGAGGGUCUAACGCUCGAAGGCCCUAUAGGGCAUACAGCGAGGAAGCUGGCGUACUUGUGGAGAUUGCCUACUGAUGAACAUAGAGUGAAGGUAGGAAUCAGCUGGCUUACAAAGUCUGCAAUAGAUUCUGUUGCUGAACUGCAGAGCACAUUAACAAAAGCGCUCUCAGGAUAUUGAAAGAAAUUGCCUGAUGAUAGUUCAUUGCAUAACCACAAUGAUGCAUGAUUGUAUAUUCAGGGUGAAAAAUGUCUGAAAGCGUUUACAAUUUCCGUAUCUUGACACAGAGCUAGGUUCAGAUGUAGACCGUUCUUAGGUGAUGCGAGUACACGUGUGAGGGCUCGAUAGAUGUUUAAGACAUGUGACUACUUUGGUUGUGAAAUUAUCAUUACUGUCAAUCUGCCCUCUGUAUAUUUUACUACAGAAACUUGAAAUAUUUCGUGUCAUCGUAAUAUUCUUCGCCUUUUUU